AGACAUCCAGACAUCCAGACAUCCCAGGUAAACUAGUAGUGUGCAGUUAAGCCUAGCCAAGCCAAGCAAAGAGUGAAAGCUAUCGCCGAGGCGAGGCGAACAAUACACCAGUAGAUCAGCACUGUUUAUUAAGCUUGAUCGUUACCUACUUCCUUCUUCGGGGCCCCUUAUUCCCUCUCUUUGAUAACUCAUUGAACAAAGGUUAUCAUCCUUAUUCCCGAUUGACUCAUAUACUAAGCACUAAUCUCACGUUUACUUCAUUGUUCAUCGUCUUCCUACCCCUCCCAAUCUCCCUCUACCUCUCUUGCCGCCUUCAUCUUCAACUGUCUCUCCCUCUGCGUGUAUUAGAUCAGGUCGUACUAGAUUAGAAAGCCCAGAAUCCAAUAUCACAUCUCCAGGUACACAAUGCUUCGACAACUCUUACCGCGGAGCGGGAGAGCUCUUAGGGCUCCCGCUACCGCACGAGCUUGCUCGUAUGCCUUGCCGACGUUUCAGCAGCAGACCGCUAGAUCCUACAGUAUCAAGCCUGAGGCGGCUUCUAUAGCAAAGCCGUUAGAUAUCGACCCUAAGAAGUUGACCAUCACCAACACCAAAUCGCCAAAAACACCCAAGGACCCGUCACAACUCGUAUUUGGAAGAGAGUUCACUGACCACAUGUUAACAGCCGAGUGGACCAAGGCCGAUGGCUGGCGCGAGCCUUCGAUCUCGCCAUACCAAAACCUGUCGCUCGACCCCGCUACCUGUGUCUUCCAUUACGCCUUCGAGUGCUUCGAGGGCAUGAAGGCUUAUAAGGAUGCCAAGGGCAACAUCCGCCUGUUCCGCCCAGACAAGAACAUGGAACGUUUCAACAAGUCAGCCGCUCGUAUUGCGCUGCCCACCUUCUCCCCUACCGCCCUCAUCGAACUGAUCGCAAAAUUCGCCAAACUGGAAGAGCGCUUCAUUCCCAACGAGCGUGGCUACUCCCUCUACUUGCGCCCCACCCUAAUUGGGACACAAAAGACUCUUGGUAUUUCUGCGCCGGGCUCGGCGUUGCUCUUCGUCAUUGCUUCGCCCGUAGGACCCUACUAUCCCACUGGUUUCAAGGCCGUGUCACUCGAGGCCACCGACUACGCCGUGCGUGCUUGGCCCGGCGGUGUCGGCGACAAGAAGCUCGGCGCCAACUACGCGCCGUGCAUCGUGCCGCAGAUGGAGGCCGCCGCGCGCGGGUUCCAACAGAACCUAUGGCUGUUUGGGUCCGAGGAGUACGUGACCGAAGUCGGCACCAUGAACCUGUUCCUAGCCAUCAAGAACAAGGAGACCGGCCAGAAGGAGCUGAUCACCGCGCCGCUCGACGGCACCAUCCUCGAAGGCGUGACGCGCGACUCCAUCCUGAGCCUCGCGCGCGAGAAGCUAGCACCCGAAGGGUGGCUCAUCUCGGAGCGCAAGAUCACGAUGCCCCAGCUCCACGAAGCCUCGCUCGAGGGCCGGCUGCUCGAGGUCUUCGGCGCCGGCACCGCCGCCAUCGUCGCCCCCGUGCGCAAGAUCAGUUGGAAGGGCAACAUGGUCGACUGCGGGUUGAAAGAGACCGAGGAAUCUGGCGAGGUCGCGCUGAGGAUGAAGAACUGGAUAGAGGAUAGGCAGUACGGCAUUGAGGAGCAUGAGUGGAGUUAUGUCUGCUAGAGAAAAGAUAAUAAAAUAAAAGGAAAAGAGAAAGAGAGAAAAGGGGUGGGGGAAGGGGGGGAUAAAGGGGGAAAAGGAAAAGUGCAUGCAUGUUCAGCAUUCUGAGGCAGGGUGGCAGGCGGCAGGCGGUAGAGCUGCAUAUCGAUUUAUAGAUCCGGCGCGAUUGGCGUACUCUUUACCUCGCCUACUAGGUAGGUACAUAGCUUACCUAUAAUUGAAAGGAUAGGCCUUUUAUCUAGGUACCUACCUAGAUUUCGAAGCACUAUAACUCCCCUCUUCUCCCCUUUUAAGGCCUUUUAAGGGGGGUAAAGAGAGUAAAAAAAAAAAAAAAAAAAAGUAAAGGAGGGAAGGACUUCAACUUAAUUGAGCUCACAACCUACUAACCUAUACUUAAGAA